AUGAGCAAAGUAGAGAACAAAAAAAUAUUCGCUUUGAUGACAGGAGCAGCAGUCUUAACUGGGACCAGCAUUCUGCUUUACAGAUUUUUGAAGAAGACAGAUGGGAAGACAAUUAUUGAUCCUUAGGUUAUUGACAGGGAAACUAUCAUCAAAAUUUUAAAGGAAUUAAAGAAGGAGCUUUUCACUGUAUUUCAAAAUUUUGCAGCUGUUGCUAUUAAUAUUAAACAAUAAUCAAUGGGAAGGGCCAGACCUGAAGAUAUCAAAAUGAUGCUCUUGGAAUAGCCUAUGUUUAGAGGGGAGAUCGAGUAAGUCGAAGAAAUGGUAUACAACUAAUUUAGAAUCACAAAAUAACAGGUUGAGCACUAUUGCCAAAAUGUCUAUCGUGAUGACCCAACAAUCAAAGAGUUACAAAAGCAAAUGAAGGAGUCUUUCGAUAGAUCUUUUUCAGGCUAAUCUCCAGAUCCUAAAACUGAUAUCCCAGCCUUUCUUACAGCUGAUACAACUUUUGAAAUUCUUGAGAAAGUAAUGACUGAAAGUGCCUUGAAAUUAAAUGAGAAAUUGCUAGAAUUACAAGAUAGAGGUGAAUAAAUCAAUUUCUAAAGUCCCAAAAUGAUGGAAAUUAUGCAAUCUCUUAAAAUGGACAGUUCUAAAAAGGAUAUCUUAGAAUAGUAUGGAUUGAAUAAAUUUGAAGAUCCAGGAAGCAAAAUUUUAUAAUAUGCCACCUAAGUUUAUAGUCAAUAAGCAAAUAGCAGUUUCAAUCUUAAAAUGAAGCAAUUAGAUAUGAAAUAUUAAUCUAUCAUGGAAUAACUCAUCAUGCAAGGACCCAUGAGUAAUGAAGAAUUGAAACAAAGAAUGGAAUAAGUUCCAUAAUAAUAAGCACAAUUCCCAUUCUAAGGUGCUCAAUAACCACAAAUCCCUCCAAAACAUGAAGAAUAGAAAUAACAAGAAGAAUAACCCAAAGAAGUAGCAUAGGUAAAUGUAAAUGAGGAACCUGAAAUAUAGAAUUAAGAAGCUUAAGAGUAAUAAUAAGAAUAAUAAUAAUAAUAAGAAUAAUAAUAAUAACAAUAAUAAGAAGCAGAAGGAGAAUAACAUGCAAAUCAACCCUAAGAUCAACCAGUUCCAGAAUAAUAAUAGGUUUAGCCAGAAAACCAAGAACUCAACUGA